AUGCCCGCGGUCGUCGAAAGCACCUUCUCGAUACCGAAUUCGCACUUCACGGUCAUGGAGGCCCCGAGCAGUACAUCGGCUGCGGACAAGAAGCGCAAUAAGCUUGGGUAUCAUCGGACGUCCGUUGCUUGUGUGCACUGCCGCCGAAGGAAAAUCCGAUGUCUCGUUGCGGCCGAUGACGCGCAGGGUCGUUGUGAGAACUGUAUUCGUCUGAAAAAGGAGUGCCAGUUCUUCCCCGUCGACCAACAACCUCCUGUGGAGAAGAAAUCACGACCCGGCGCACAGUUGGAAGCCAUCUCGACCGAUCCUUCGACCGCUUCAUCCUCUCCACCCCCGAUAGCCGGCGGCCCCGAGCAGGCUGACGCCUUCUAUCCAUACCAGCCGAUACCAUUGAGUUCCAAUCAGGAUGUCGCUGCAUACGGAACCGGCCCUUUUGCUGGGAAUCCCAUGAGUCCUUUCACCCCAGAUCAAGCCGUGGCGCCAACAGACUUUACAGCAGCAACCUUAUCGCCGACGGGACCAUUGGACCCUACAGUGCCUUGGGACGAAUAUACAACCAUUCCGGAUCCGCAGCUGCUGGCCGGGAUGGCCGCCAAACCGCCGAUGAUGAGCCUAUCCCCCCCGACUAUGUGGAGUCCCGGGGGCACGCCCGUCGGUGCCCUGCCGUCGAAUUCCCCCAUCGCCGCAUCACCCGCCCUGACCGCGCAGCAGCAGCAGCAGCAGCAGCAGCAACAACAACAACAUCCGGUCAUCAGCACGACUCCCGUCUACGUGCAACCGGAUGGUUCGGUCUGGCCUGUCCCACCCGGCCGCGCCAUGACGUUCCCCGGCCAGCCCGAGAUGGUGGUGCCGUUCCACAACCAGAUGGUUCAUCAAGUGCCGCCGGAUCUAAAGCGCAGGAUGACCAGUCCUGCGCAGGUGUUUCCCACCAGUCCCAUCAACCCGCAGAGUCCACCGCAGGGUAUACCGGUCUCCGUUUCAUAUCCCGGCCAACCGAUGCCGAUGGGCUACCCGACCACAUGGCAGGACGUCAACACCAUGCCGGCCAUGCCGGUCUCUCCAUACCCCGUCUACCCAGCUGAUGCGGCUGCGUCAUUUGUCGACCAACCCCCGAUGGGCCAGCCUGGCCAAGGACCUUCUCACGCCUGA